AAAGAUGACACGAACUAAACAUUUUAAAUUAAGACAUAAAUUAUUACUAUUCUUGUUUAGAGCCGUGGAGUUGAAUAUGCAUGGUAACAUACUAACAUGUCGACGAUAUAUACGAGCAAAAAUAUAUACCAGGUGUUGAAUUUUAAUUAGAAUAUGUAAAUGCUAUAUGGUCAAACUUGUUAAAGAGGCAAAGGUGAAAUAUAUGUUAUCUUAAUUAAUUUUCUACUUUAGUAAAAAGGCAUAUGGUAGUUCCUUAAUUUGGAUUCCAAAAAAUAGUUAACGUAAUAGCUUUAACUAUGAGUUUGACUAUUUUGUUGUAUAUAUAUUACCAUGUUCCAAUCCCAUCACAAAGGAAACGUUCUUGUCUUCUUCUCCAAUGGCACAGCAUAAGAGUUUCUCUUCCUCUUCAGUCUCAAACCGUCCCAUCUCUCUCCUAAAUGGUCUCCUUCUCCUGGUCUCUCUCCUCCUACUCCUCGGUGUGUUCUUACCCUGGGCAGGAUCUCCCUUAUUCCCGUUUCCAAACGUAAGCUCUUCUUCUUCUUCUUUGCCUUCUAACUGGCGCGACUAUUCCCUCUCUCAAGCGGCUGAGUUUGUCGCUAAGGACGGGACUGUGAUCAUCUGCGCCGUUAGCUAUCCCUUCUUGCCUUUCCUCAACAACUGGUUGAUUAGCGUUUCUAGACAGAAGCAUCAACACAAAGUCCUCGUGAUCGCUGAGGAUUACGCUACUCUCUACAAGGUUAACAAGAAGUGGCCUGGUCACGCCGUUCUCAUUCCUCCAGCUCUCGAUUCUCAGACCGCACAUAAGUUCGGUUCCCCGGGUUUCUUCAACUUCACUUCACGGAGGCCGCAACAUCUCUUGCAACUAUUGGAGCUAGGUUACAAUGUUAUGUACAACGAUGUUGAUAUGGUCUGGUUGCAAGAUCCAUUUCAGUAUUUAGAAGGAAGCCACGAUGCAUACUUCACUGAUGACAGGACCACAAUCAAACCUUUGAAUCACUCUCAUGCUUUGCCAACUCCGGAUCGGAACGGAGUGACUUAUAUAUGUAGCUGCAUGAUUUUCUUGCGUCCCACGAAUGGCGCAAAGCUUCUAAUGAAGCAAUGGAUCAAAGAACUUCAAUCUGGGUCUAAAGCUUAUGAAGGAAAUGAUCAGCCUGCUUUUAACUGGGCACUUAACAAAACAGCUCAUCAGGUAGAUCUCUACUUGCUUUCUCAGGCAGCUUUCCCAACAGGAGGAUUGUACUUCAAGAACGAGACAUGGGUUGAAGAGACAAAGGGGAAACAUGUCAUAGUCCACAACAACUACAUUAUCGGUUACGACAAUAAGAUGAAACGCUUCCAAGACUUUGGUCUAUGGCUAGUCGAUGAUCAUGCUUUUGAGUCCCCACUGGGAAAAUUAGAUUAAAUAAGAACAUGGCUUGUUAUGUGUGAAUGUUAGUUAUAUGGCUAUUCCAAAACAGAGGUAAAUAAAUGAGACUCGAGAUGUAUGUCUCCACAUUACUAGACUAGUGUGAUAGGUCUCUCUAGAGACAUAAGAUCAGUGUUCCCUUGUAUCUAUCAUCUACCUCUUUAGUCUUCACCGACUCUUGCUUCCUGAUUAUUACAACAAGUUAAAACUAUACCAGAAACAUCACACA